AGGGCAAAAAGGAUGUUUCCCAGAUAUUUAACAACAUCUUGAGAAGACAAAUUGGCACACGCAGCCCUACUGUGGAAUACAUUAGUGCCCAUCCGCAUAUCCUAUUCACGCUUCUAAAAGGAUACGAAUCCCCAAAUAUUGCCUUACGCUGUGGAAUUAUGCUGAGAGAGUGCAUCCGGCAUGAACCCUUGGCCAAAAUCAUACUUUUUUCGGAACAGUUCAGAGACUUUUUUAAAUAUGUGGAAAUGUCAACGUUUGAUAUAGCUUCUGAUGCCUUUGCUACAUUCAAGGACUUGUUAACACGACACAAAUUGUUGGUAGCAGAAUUUCUGGAACAAAAUUAUGAUGUGAUCUUCGAGGAUUAUGAAAAACUCCUUCAUUCUGAGAAUUACGUAACAAAGAGACAAUCUUUGAAGUUGCUGGGUGAAUUGAUCCUGGACCGACACAACUUUGCCAUCAUGACAAAAUACAUCAGCAAACCAGAAAAUCUGAAGCUGAUGAUGAACUUGCUGCGAGAUAAAAGCCCCAACAUUCAGUUUGAAGCAUUCCACGUGUUCAAGGUUUUUGUGGCCAGUCCAAACAAAACACAGCCUAUUGUGGAGAUCCUGUUGAAAAACCAACCCAAGCUAAUUGAGUUUCUGAGCAAUUUCCAGAAAGAGAGGACGGAUGACGAACAAUUCACUGAUGAGAAGAACUACCUGAUAAAGCAAAUCCGAGACUUGAAAAAGUCAACGGCAUGAAGAACUCCUCUCGUUUUCCACUGUAGGCAUUAAUCUCAUUUGUUAAGUUCCUCUGUGUCCCUUAAACACCACAAUAGUGCUUGAGAAGGCACAGCAAGUGCCUGGUUUUUAUUUUGUCUUUAUUCCUAGAUGUCAAGAGUAUAGGGGUUUUACAUGAAAACUAAAAAAACAAAAAUCUAGAAUAAUAUAUUAUUUUUAAUCAAGACUAUAAUUAUUUAUGUCAGUUUAGAACCUCUCUGUAAUACAAGCUGGUUUGACAGAUUUUCAUUUGUGCUCAAGAAGAAUGAACCUCUUUGCUUAACUUUAUCAGCAAACUCAAGCUGUUGGGGAGUGCACGGAGUAGGUCUUCUGAGGACUGUGACAUUCCUUUGCACUUGUAGUUGUGACUUUGUUCUAGUGCUGCACACACACAAGACUGUGAAAGAGUACGUUCGCCUCUGGAGUUAGCUGCACUUAUAGAGUGGGUUCUUUAGUCAAAACAGUGGGAGAUGAAAAAGCAGUAAAGGUCACGUUUUUGCUUUAUUUUUGUGUUCUUU